AUGGACACAUUUCGGGUGCGCCUCAACUGCAUCGACCACUACCAAGCGGUGCCAACCCGGUAUGACCCCCAACUGCGGAAGGACGAUGGCCACUCAGACCCUGCUCGACAGCCAAAAGUGCCCGUCAUUCGCGUGUUUGGGUCGACCGAGACGGGACAGAAGGUUUGCGCUCAUAUCCAUGGCGCAUUUCCUUACCUCUACAUCGAGUAUCAGGGGCCGCUGGACAAGCCAACUGUGUCUGAGUACAUGUACAAGUUGCAUCUUUCCAUCGACCAUGCCCUGGCCGUCAGUUACCGCAGGGAUCACCAGCGCGACAAGUUCGUUGCUCGUGUGACCCUUGUGAAGGGGAUCCCGUUCUACGGUUUCCAUGUCGGGUAUCGGUUCUACCUCAAAAUCUACGUGCUCAACCCCGUUGUCAUCUCCCGGCUGGCCGAUAUCUUGCAGCAAGGCGCAGUCAUGGGCCAGAAGUUCCAGCCUUACGAAGCACACCUGCAGUACCUGCUCCAGUUUAUGGCGGACUACAACUUAUACGGUUGCGACUAUCUCGACGCCAAAAAUGUCAUGUUUCGAUCCCCUGUUCCAGAACCCGCUGGACCGGGUGAGCCGCCACGGAUUUGGGACAGCAACACCAUUCUCCUGAGCAGCAUCACCAAUGAUGUCCGGCUUCCACGGGCAAGCCACUGCUCCAUCGAAGUGGAUAUCUGCGCCCAACACAUCUUGAACCGGAAUUCCGUAAAAGAGCGGCCGCUACACCACGAUUUCGUUGAACGAGAGCGUCCCAUCCCCACCGAUUUGAAACUCGUUCACAGCAUGGCUGGGCUGUGGAAGGACGAGACGAAGCGUAGGAAAAAGCAAAUGGCAAAAUCUAAACUCGGAGACAGCCCGUUUCCGCCAGAAGCGCUGGUUUCCAUGUCUGCAGAUCCCCGGGAUUCGCAACCCCCAGGCUGGAUCAACGAGGAGGAAUACCAGGAGCAAGUUCGACAGCUAGUCGCGAAGGAGGAGGGGGAGGAGCACGGGACAGAGUUGGACUUCUCCAAUUACGUCAAGCAGGACCCGAAGGAGCCGUUGAUUCCGACUACGCUCCAGUCUGUCGAGGACCUGUACCCGGAAAACUUACGGCAAGCUCUGGGGCUGGAGCGGAAAUUACUGCGAAACGCCGACCUUAUUAGCAGCAUUCAAGUUGAUGAAAAGGGGAUCCUUGAACUUGAGGCGCCCGGGAAUGGAGAUCGGAAACUCCCAGAUGGGUUGGAUGAAGGGCAGAAGAAAGGUUCCGACACGUACGAUAAACCCGACCUUGCUGCGGAGCUGGGGCUGCCACUCGAGGGCGUUGAUGAGGGGUUUGGUGUCAGUGGUCUUCGCUCUGGCAGGCGUCCUUGUGUUCCACUCUCGAGGGACCUGCUUUUAUCGGCAAAGGCUCUCGGGCUCACAUCUAAAGUGGACGAUAUCCAGAAGAAGAUUGAGGGCGUGGAACGCGUGAAUUUGAAGCGCUCAACGUCUGUAUUGGAACCAGGCUCUCCACGGAAACGACCCAAGCGCGAGGACUCAACCGGGACCACCAGCCGAGCCGUUGUCGAGGACCGUCUCCCUAGCCAGAAUGUGGUCAUGGCUAAGGCAGACCAGGCAGUUUCUACAUGUACACCACCGCAGACUCAAACACCGUCCUCACAACAACAACAUUCCGUCUUGAAAGGGGGCUCCCAGAAAUCCCAAGGGAACCAAACCCUCAACUUUCCAAUUGUUAAAGAUCCCCAGGAACCAAGUACAAUCUUCAGGCUUGCCCAGCAAAGUGCCUCGCAGCGGAGUGAUGGGGGGAUACCAGGAUCAAUGGGAAAACAAGUGUCGUUCAACUUUUCGGUGUCUCUGGACGAGUCCAGCCCCAAGUUCGGUCACUCGGGCUUGGGAGAACCGCAGUCUGUAUCGGAAUCACCGGGCACGCCCCCGCCACCCAAACUACACUGGGCUGGCGAUACCACAAUGUUCCUUGUUAGCACGCCACCGCCAUCCGCCUCGGAGGUCAUUUCCACCAUGCAAUCGUAUGGUCUUCCAGACGUUAUCUACCAAGAGGCCUUCUACAGCAACGAUGAUGAUGUACCGCCGCGACCAAGAGAGUACGCAGGGAGGGAGUAUCGACUGGGUGGCAACAGUCUCCCCUAUCUGCCCGAUUUUGAUCCCACCGGUACCUCUCCAGCGACGUUCGGCGCUGAUCCAGAGCUGGCCCCUGAUUUCGGCGCGAUGGAGGCGAGGUAUGAGAGGCAGAGGGAUCUGUGUACCCUCAGAAGUUGGGAGAUUGCGGAGCCGCCACCGUCGUUCGCUGAGGUGAGCGGUUGGUGGGAUGAGAAGCAGAAGAAGAGGAAAGCUCAAAAGGGCGGUUCUGGUCGGCCACCUGCAGCGACACAAACAAGGAAACCCGCUUUGCUUUCUCAAAUUAUCGGCCCAACGCCACAGAACACGCACGGCUUCAAGUACUCGCUCAAGCAAAAAUCGGCCAGUGUUCGGUUCGAGGCACAGUACAUGAGCACGAUGAGUCUCGAGGUCCAUGUCAACAGCCGCGGAAAGCUGGUCCCGAACCCCGAGGAGGACGAAGUCCAGUGCAUCUUCUGGUGUCUGAGAUCCGACGAGCAAAGCCUCUUUGGCACUCAAGAAGGCAAGGAUGCCACCAUCUCCGGUAUUGUCGUUCUCUCGGCGGGAGACGGUCGUCUCGCGCAGCAUAUACGUAGCCAAACAACGGGCGUGGAGGUGGAUGAAGAGAACUCCGAGCUGGACCUCAUGGUUAAGAUGGUUGAUAUUGUGCGGGCGCACGACCCGGAUAUCCUGACGGGCUACGAAGUUCACGGCGGCUCUUGGGGUUAUUUGGUGGAGCGAGCGAUGCACAAGUAUGAGUUUGACCUGUGCAGUGAGUUCUCGCGGACCAAGUCGGACUCGUUGGCCAAGAAGAGCAAGGACGGCGAUCGAUGGGGAUUCAGGACGACAUCCAUGCUCCAUGUGACGGGGAGACACAUCAUCAACGUCUGGAGAGCGAUGCGGGGCGAGCUCAACUUACUCCAGUACAGCAUGGAGAAUGUGGUUUGGCACCUCUUGCAUCGCCGGAUCCCGCACUACACGUGGCGGACUCUGUCGGAUUGGUACGUCAGUGGCCGGCCGAGGGAUCUCAGCAAGGUGCUGCGCUACUACCUUCAACGGACGCGGAUGGAUAUCGAGAUCCUCGAAGCGAAUGAACUGAUUCCACGGACGAGCGAACAAGCGAGACUGCUGGGGGUGGACUUCUUCUCCGUCUUCUCUCGAGGCUCACAGUUCAAGGUCGAGUCCAUCAUGUUCCGGAUUGCGAAGCCGGAGAAUUUUAUCUUGGUCUCACCGAGCAGGAAGCAGGUCGGGGGUCAGAAUGCGUUGGAGUGCUUGCCCCUGGUGAUGGAGCCGCAGAGUGCCUUCUACGCCAGCCCACUGCUCGUUCUAGAUUUCCAGAGCCUCUACCCCAGCGUCAUGAUUGCGUACAACUACUGCUACUCCACGUGUCUCGGCCGCGUGGUGAGCUGGCGCGGUACCAACAAGCUGGGCUUUACCGAAUACAAGCGGAGGGAGGGCCUCCUUAGUCUCCUGAAAGACCACAUCAACAUCGCCCCGAACGGCAUGAUGUACAGCAAGCCGGAGAUCCGCAAGUCGCUGCUCGCCAAGAUGCUGACGGAGAUCUUGGAAACCCGAGUGAUGGUCAAAAGCGGCAUGAAAGAGGACAAGGACGACAGAACCCUGCAGAAGCUCCUCCACAAUCGGCAACUCGCCCUCAAGCUGCUCGCCAACGUCACCUACGGAUACACCUCGGCCUCCUUCUCCGGCCGGAUGCCGUGCUCCGAGAUCGCAGACAGCAUCGUCCAAACCGGCCGCGAGACGCUCGAGCGCGCCAUCGCCUACAUCCACUCCGUGGAACGCUGGGGCGCCGAGGUGGUGUACGGCGACACCGACAGUUUGUUUGUCUACCUCAAGGGCCGCACACGCCAGCAGGCCUUCGACAUCGGCGCCGAGAUGGCCAAGGAGAUCACCAACAUGAAUCCCCGGCCGGUGAAGCUCAAAUUCGAAAAAGUCUACCACCCGUGCGUGCUUCUCGCUAAGAAACGCUACGUGGGCUACAAGUACGAGAGCCGCGACCAGACGGUGCCCGAGUUUGACGCGAAGGGUAUCGAGACCGUGCGUCGCGACGGCACGCCCGCGGAGCAGAAGAUCGAGGAAAAGGCCCUCAGACUCCUAUUCGAAACCGCCGACCUGAGCCAGGUCAAAGAGUACUUCCAGUCCCAAUGCUCCAAGAUCAUGCAAGGCUCCGUCUCCAUCCAAGACUUCGUCUUCGCCAAAGAAAUCAAACUCGGCACCUACAGCGCCAAAGGGCCCGGUCCGCCGGGCGCACUGAUCAGCACCAAACGCAUGCUCGAAGACGCCCGGGCUGAGCCGCAGUACGGCGAGCGGGUGCCGUAUGUCGUGGUCUCGGGGGCUCCCGGGGCGCGGCUUGUCGACCGCUGUGUUCCGCCGGAGACGCUCCUCAACAACCCGCACACGACGCUGGAUGCGGAGUAUUAUAUUUCCAAGAACCUCAUCCCGCCGCUGGAGCGGAUCUUUAACCUCGUCGGUGCCAAUGUGCGAGCGUGGUUUGAUGAGAUGCCCAAGGUUCAGCAGGUCCGCCGGAUCGAGAACGCGCCGGGGGCUCACCAUAACCAUAACCAUAAACGCAACGGCAGCAGCGUUGUGGGAGAAGGCGGUGCUAGCAAGACCAAAGACACCGGCGGCAACAGCAGCAAAAAAACCCUCGAAUCCUUCCUGACCUCCACCUCCUGCCUCACCUGCGGCGUAAAAAUGUCCACCACCACCGCCACCACCACCACCGCCCUUCACGACGAAACAGAAACAAACCACCACCUCCUCCACCAAACCCUCUGCAACCGCUGCGCCUCUCACCCCUCUACCACCUCCUCCCUCCUCCGCACCAAACUCACCACCCAACAGCGACAGUACACCGACGUGGUGAAGGUGUGUCAGAGUUGUGCGGGGGACGGUGGGGAUGGGGACGGCGGCGGCGGCGGGGUGCCGUGUGAUAGUCGGGAUUGUCCGGUGUUUUAUACGAGGGUGAAGAUGAGGAGUAGGGUGAGGGCGGAACGGGGGGUUGUUGGGCCGGUUUUGGGGCUGUUGGGGAGGGUGAGGGGGAGGAGGGAGGGGUUGGAUUGGUGA